AUGGGUACUCAACUACCGGGGACGGGUGAAUUUGAUAUUGCUCAACAAAACGACGAGUUACAAGCCUUAGAGUCUAUUUACCCCGACGCAUUUUCUGUUAUUGACCCUGACCGGCGAUUUUACAAAAUCUCCGUAUCUUCGGAUUAUGCCAGGAAGUAUACUGUGGUAUUGCGAUUUACCUUUUUGGAGGGCUAUCCCUCUAAAAGGGCUCCCCAUAUCGAAAUUUCAGCGCCAGACUUGCAGAAAGAUAAACGUUUAGAAUUGUCUAACUUACUCAACGACUUAUGUAAGGCAUCCAUAGGCUCGCCUGUAAUUUACUCUAUGGUGGAAACAACUCGGUCAUUUCUUGAAGAACUCUCUACUGAGACUGCUUCUUUGGACACUGAAAUUCACAAGACACCUGACGACGAUGAUUAUCAAUUCAUAUCCGUUGCAAAGCCUGUUUACACCGUGCCAAGUGUUCGCGAACACCUAGCUGCACGUGGCAGAUAUCUUCCCAUUGCGCUAGGAGUUGCCCGUCCAAAAAUAUAUCAUGGAGAGACAACUGUCGACCGGAAAACAUUAACAAAGACCAAAAUGGCCAUGUAUCGUCAGCAUGAGAUGUCUGGUCGCUCACUUAAGGCGUCGGCCAUUUACUUUCACGCCAUCGGCAUACUCUUCCGGGGUCAUUUGAGGUCUCUUGAGGCGCACUGUUGUGAGGUGGCUUCCCUCCCGGAAGUCUCAGCCUUCAUCAGCACCGUUCUGGAGGACCGAAAAGUAGCUGCAGCCUCGCACAACAUCACCGCAUGGUAUCUACAGGCCAAACUGAAACCCGACUCCCCCAAUACCUCUCUCGUCGCUGACUACGAUGACGAUGGCGAGGCCCAAGCCGGUGGACGACUGCUCCACCUCAUUAGCAUGUCAGCGAGGGAGGGUGUUGCUGUCAUGGUUUCGAGGUGGUACGGAGGGAUACACAUUGGACCCGACCGGUUUAAACACAUCAACAACGCCGCGAAUCAACUGCUCAUACAACAAGGCUUCACUAAAAGUGCUACAAACUCCGGUGACAUCCAAACAAAGGCUAGAAAGCGCGGCAAGAAAAACUAA